UUUUUAUAAAAUAAUUAUUCCACUCGCGCUUGUUGGAUAUGAGAUGGUUAUUGCCCAACGCGCGCUGGUGGAAUAAGUGUUAAAAUAAUUAACUUGCCCUUAUUGAUAGCAUGGAAACGUCAGUCAUCUGUCGCCCUCAACCUAAUCCCCCUUUUGCAGGCCCGCCCCACCCUCCCCGACCUCCCGAUACAUAUCUCAGGUGACAGCAAUUCUGGGAAAGCAGGCUUUCUACGAAUCACAAUCCCAACAAUUGUUGUAGCUUUGUUGCAGAAUAAUUUGACUGUUUUCGCUUCGAGUUUUCACAGUCAAUCCCUUCUCUUGUCUCCAUCAACAAAAGAAACAUUUGGAUCCUAUUUCUGUCUAGGAAAGGAACGUCUAAUCGAUGGCCAAGGCUUCAUUUUUGGCACAGAAGUUGGAAUGCGCGGUUUGCUCGGAGAAGUACAAGGAGCCUAAAGUUUUGCCAUGUCUUCACUCAUACUGCAAAAAAUGUCUGGAAGGUCUAUUAAUGAAACAAGGAGUGGUGUGGAGGAUAAAUUGCCCAUCUUGUCGGAUUAGUGUGGAGAUCCCUGAAGGAGAAGUUGAUUCCCUGCCAGUCAAUUUCUUUCUCAACAAUUUGUUGUCCUUGGUUUCUCUUCACGGAGAUUCUGGGAGUAGCAAUCUUGAGUGUGAUAAUUGUGAAAGUGGUGACCCUCCUGUCAAUAGAUGUGCCACAUGCUGCCAUUUCCUCUGUGAGAUUUGUACUGCAGCGCAUAAACGGGGACGCAGCACCAAAACUCAUCGUCUGAUGUCUCUUGAAGAAGCCAAAGAAGAGGGACCUGUAGCAGUCAUACGUCCAUCCUUGUGCAAAGAACAUGAGGGAGAGAUCCUCAAGUUAUUUUGCGAGACAUGUGAUGAGGCUAUAUGCAGAGACUGUGCUAUUGUCAAGCAUCGUGAACACAAAUAUACUUUUGUUAAGGAUGCUUUCUCAAAGGGUAAGGAGAGUGUGUUGAAAAUUCUGUCAGAAACGAAAACAAAGGCAUCAGUACUCAAGGAGGCAUUAGAUGGUGUUGCAGAAGUGAAAAGAAGUGUCCAAUCCCAUGCAGAACAAACUGCGAGAGAAGUCUUCAACUGUUUUCAAGAACUAACAGCUUGUCUAAAUACUCGCUGUAAUGAGUUAAUUUGUAGCGUAGAAGAGCUUAAGAAGGCUAAACUGAAGCCCCUGGAAAUACUGCAAGGGGAAUUGGAAACAGCACUAGGAAGUGUGCAGAGCAGCAUCGAAUUCACUGAAAGGGCUCUGGAACUUGGAAGUGAAGUUGACAUUUUGAACAUGUGCAAACAAAUGUCUUGCCGAUCACAAGAACUGAAUUCAGCCAAGUGGCAGCUAGAACCGAGUGCCCAUGGUGGCUUUAAGUUUCUCCCUGAUUACCAACUGCAACGAGCAUUGCCAAGCUUUGGUGAUGUCACUGAUGUGUGCACACAUGCUGCUUCAUCAACAGUAACAAUGGGACAUGGAUCAGAAGGUGUCAUGUACAAUACACUAAAUGGACAAUUGAUCGAAUUCUUGAUAACUGCUAACGACUGGAAAGGAAGUAAACGAAAAGAAGGUGGUGAUGUUUUUGAAGUAGAAAUCUCCACAGAAGAAGGUGAAAUAGUUUUUAAUAAGCGAGCUAAGGACUGCGGAAAUGGCACAUACAGUUUUUGUUUUACUCCAAUCCAUGAAAAUAAGAAGCACCAGUUGUCGGUGAAACUAGAUGGUUGUGAUGUGAAGGGAAGUCCUUUUACAUGGGUCAAUGAAAUGUGGAAUCUGUGCUCAGAGGUAGUAGAUGAUUUACGUGAAAAGUCACACUAUAUUGAAUUGACACUGAAGAGAACGAGAGCAACCUAUUGUCACACAAGAGCACAAUUUGAAGAUCAGAAUUCACGGAGGACCAUGCUUAGUCCUCCGCCCACUGGGGACGGGUGCACUGUUUUUGGAUCUUCUUCUUUUGGUUUUGGUAAACAUUCAUGGAAAGUCUGCAUAUCAGGGAAUUUCUCAGCUGGACUUGUUUUAGGGGUUGGUGUAAGCCCACAAAAACAAUGCCCUUGUGAAUUCCGGUGGACAUGGACCAGUUCAAGAAGGAAAUUACUACGGAAAAACAGUGGUGUAUUUGAAUUGUACCUAGACUGUGAUAAUCACACAUUAAUGAUUUACAAUCAACGUACCAAACAGUUAGAGAGAAUGAGGGGAGUCCAAGGAGAAGUGCGCCCUAUGUUUAAAAUGAGCAGCAUUGGAGAUGAGGUUUCCUUGCCUUGCCUGGACAAGAAAAAUGAAGAUGGAACUUGCCAGGACAAGAAAAAUGAAGAUGGAACUUGCCAGGACAAGAAAAAUGAAGGUGGAACUUGCGAGGACAAGAAAAAUGAAGGUGGAACUUGCGAGGACAAGAAAAAUGAAGGUGGAACAAUGAGUUGGUUGCGUAGUUUGAAAUUAUGGUGAGACAAUGACCCGUUGAAAAUUGGUUUUGUCUGGUCAAAUCAUUAGAUGACCAGACAUUUUGUCUGGUCAUUUACACUUCAAAGGAAAAGUUGAUUCAGACCUAGUUCUAUAACCUAAAGUAAGUUGUACAUUAUUCACCUUUCUGAAAGAAAAAAAAAACAGAAAGCAAGCGAAAAAUACGACCUGACCACCUUGACUACAGUAAAAUUUCUGGUAGUUGUAACCCGGGAGUUGUAAUUUUCCAUUUUUUCAUCCAUCAGUCGUGAUUGCAAAGUACUGGAUCUUCCAGUGUAGCAUGUCUAUCAGUGUGUUAAUGCUAAUACAGUCGAAUUUCCAUUAGUGGCAACCCAAGUCUCUACCAUGGCCACUGUCCUUGUUUUUUAGUCUCGGUAGAUGGUCCAUACAUUUACUCUUAUUUUAUUCUCUCCGCAAUGGCAAUGACCACUAAAGAGAGUCGCAACUGCCAAAAAUAACCUUUUGAGAACAGCCAGGUAAUCAAUGACUGACGCUUGGUGUAUACAAAAGCUCAUUUUUUUAGUGCCUCUUUGGUCUCUGUUUCUGUUAGGUUUUGUUAUAUAUGUAUAUAUAUUUUGAUAGUGUUAUGU